AUGCUGUCUUUCGUUCUUUUACUCCCAUUUUUGUGGCUAGCAACCGCACAAACAACUGACUAUAGCCAAUAUGUCAGUGUUUUCACAGGAACCCAGAAUGGCGGCAAUGACUUUCCAGGCGUCUCACAACCCCAUGGUAUGGUCAAACUCGGCCCUGAUCUACUCGCGGUUGGCACAGAUUCUUAUUCAGGAUACCUGCCAAAUGGCAAAUUUUCUGGCUUUAGUAUGAUGCAUGAGCAAGGAACGGGAGGUGCCCCAAAAUAUGGAACAGUUGCUCAGCUGCCGCUCUUAGGAAACAUCAGCAAUCCAUUAUCUAACCUCACUGUUGGGAGAUCAGGUGUGGAUCAGGGAUCUGUGGGAUAUUAUAAAGCUCAGACAACUGAUAAUAUCGUCGUGGAGCUAGCUGCUACAUCCCGAGCUGGGAUGUAUCAGUAUACGUUCCCAGCGGCGGCACAGAGCAACAACAUUCUAAUCGAUGUCAGCCACGCACUUCCAUCAUUUCGUGGCCAAGGAUUAGGUCAAGGCUACGCAGGUGGUGAAUUCGCUAUCUUGGCGGAUGGACAUUAUGAAGCCUCGGGGAUCUACAAUAAUGGCUGGAACAGAUCGCCUAAUUGGAAGAUAUAUUCGUGUGGCUACUUUAAUGUCACGCCUACGACCUCUAAUGUCUACUCUGGCGCAGCGGAUGGGAGCAGCGUGUUGCAGCCGUCAGGAUCAGUCAAUUCUACCACUGCCGUUGGGGGUCUAUAUACAUUCAGCAACCAAGUUGUUUCGUCGCGGGUCGGUAUCUCUUGGAUAUCCAAAGCACAAGCUUGUCAAAAUAUGGAGGAUGAAAUACCAAAGGGCACAGACUUCUCCAACGUGGUAGAAAAUACCAAAGCUGCUUGGAACACUGAAGUCCUCUCCAAAAUCACGACAACUUCAACAAAUACGACAAAUUUAGGAUUGCUCUAUACCUCCCUAUACUUUAUGAACCUUAUACCCACAAAUCAAACUGGUGAAAAUCCUGGUUGGACGUCCUCCGAGCCGUAUUACUCCGAUAUCUUCACACUCUGGGAUCUUUUCCGAUGCUCAACAUCGUUGUUGCAUGUCUUGCAACCCAUAGUCUACGAAGAGCAUAUUCGUUCAAUGAUUGAUAUCUGGAGACACGAUGGGUAUCUUCCAGAUGCAAGGUCUUCAAAUUACAACGGCAGAACACAAGGAGGUUCGAACGGUGACAACGUGCUUGCGGAUGCAUUUGUCAAGGGGGUUCAGGGCCAAAUCAACUGGGAAGACGGGUUUGCGGCUAUGGUGAAAGACGCUGAGAUCACACCGGUGAACAGCGACCCCGACCCACAAGCUCCAGAUUCCUCUACUAAAGAAGGAAGAGGGGCGCUUCCAGACUGGCUCCAGUAUGGAUUCAUCACCCCGACAUUUAGUCGAGCAGCUUCGCGAGCAGUUGAAUACGCAUACAAUGACUUUUCCCUGUACCAAGUUGCGAGAGGCCUCGGCAAGCUUGACGAUGCAGUAAAGUAUCUCAGCCGGUCGAGGAAUUGGCGGAAUCACUGGAACCCCAAACUCGAAUCGAUUGGGUUUAAAGGCUUCAUCGUUCCAAGAACUGUGUCGGGAUUCGUGGCCACCGAUCCGCUGACAGACGCUGGAUAUUGGGGCGAUCCUUAUUAUGAAGCUAGUUCGUGGGAUUACUCUUGGGGCGACAUACACGACAUGAAAAAGCUGGUGGAUUGGAUGGGCGGUGCAGACACUUUCUAUUCCCGCCUCGAAGCCAUGUUCACUGUCGGUGCAGACCCAAAUAAUUCCGGCGGAAUAAUAUUCGAUGACACAAAUGAACCAACCUUCAACAUCCCAUAUCUAUACAACUUCAUCAACCGACCAGAUCGUUCAGUCUUCCAAUCGCGAAAGGUAGCGAAAAACAACUACAACAUCGGUGUCACCGGAUUACCAGGGAAUAGCGAUGCGGGAGCAAUGCAGACCUGGCUCCUGUGGAAUAUGAUCGGCCUGUAUCCCGUGACUGGCCAAACGACGUUUCUCAUUCACUCGCCCUGGUAUGAAUCGAUGACUAUCGAUUUGAGUAAUGGGAAGACAUUGAAGAUUACAAGCACCGGUGGUGAUGGGAAUGGCGACAGCAACAUUUAUGUUCAGAGCCUCAAGAUAAAUGGCAAUAACUGGGAUAGAAGCUGGUUGACAUGGGAUGAUGUCUUCGCGCAUGGUGGCUCGAUGGAAUUCGUGUUAGGCCCAGAUGCUACGCAAUGGGCGACUGGCGAAUUACCCCCCAGCCCAGCUACCGAAUUUUAA